UCAAACGUCAAACAAAAUAAAUAAUCUAAAAAUAGUAAACAUCGCUUUUAAAAAUAGUAAACAUCGCUGAUCAAUUCACUCAAAUUUUAAUUACAACUAAUGAAUGAAGAAAUGUUUUUUCAGAAAUCCCGGCCCACAUUCAAAAUGUGAACUGAACUUUCGCAGAAAAGAAGCUGAAGAAACUGCUAUGCUUCAUUAUCUACGUGGGUCACAAUUGAAUGGCAAAGAUGACUUGGAACUAUGAGAAGCUCCUUUUUUUCAUUAAGGAAUAUGAGAAGCGUCCGGCAUUGUGGAAAAAGCACGAUAAGGACUACCACAAUGCGAGGAAGAAGGAGGGCGCUUGGCACGAACUCAGUAAAAUCCUGAAAGAGGAUCCUGACGUUUUGAAGAAAAAAAUGGAGAGCCUAAGGGGCUCGCGAAGAAGAGAGAAACAUCGACUACUUGAGAGGGUGAGAACAGGCAAAGCUAUUCAACGAAAGUGCGAAUCCAGGUGGUUUGCUUGGGAAAGCAUGAAAUUCUUGGAUGACCCAGAUGAACAGCAAGUAACUUUAACGACCAGUCUCGAAUUAAAACAGGAACCGAUCGACGAGGACUACAUCGAAAACCCCGAACAGAACAUUUACGACGGACAGAACAUCUUCGGAGAGAACGGAUCCAGGAGCGAGGAAGACACCAACGAGCGCAAUUCGGAGACGAGCAACGCGGGGGUGGAGGAAGACCCGGAUAGGACGGAGAAAAUUUACGCGACCAAGUCCGCACAGUUCUGGUGCCGCAAGAGACGAACGUCCAAAAAAAGGUCCACGCAGAACACCCGGGUGGAGAAAGUGUAUCGCGUGUUGAAGCGCGAGAAGAAAGACGACUGCGCCAUUUUCGUGGAGUUUAUAGCGGAAAAAUUGCGGAAAUUCGACGAUAGGCAAAGAGCGAUACUCCAGCAUGCGAUUCACGAUUUGGUUUUUAGGGCGGAAAUCGCCGCGGCACCACUUUAAAAUUGGAUCGAUUCACUGUUUAUAAAUAUUUUAGUUGGACAUUUGGAGUACACGAACAUUAAUAUUCUGUUAUUUUUAAGAUGUUACUAUUUUUACGAAAACUGGGGAAGUUAGGACCUGUACAUUAAACGCUUCUCUGAUA